AUGAAGCUAGAAACUUAUUUGAUAAUCUACUUUAUAUUUUUGUUUGUUAAAGCUCAAGAUGAAGAAGCAUGGAAAAGUGUUUAUGUUGCAUUUUCUGAAAAAAAUUGGGAUGAUUAAGGUUUUAGUGAUUUUAUAAAUUUAGGUUGGAUUGUGAAUUAUAUUUAUGGAGACAAAUUUAAUUAAUGUGGUUCAUAAAAGUUAUUUGGAGGUUAUGGUAGUUUUGGGUAUUCAACUAUGGUUUCUAAAUAUUUUUUUUCUCUUCCAAUUCAUUAUUCAAUUAAAGUUUCUCUUAUAUUUUAUAAGUAAUUUAUUUUAUUUAUAAUUAGAAUUGAUAGCUGGGACAGUCAGUAUUUCUAAAUAAAUAUUGAUAAUGAAGUUUAUAUUAGAGCAUUUGGUCCUUAGGAAGGAGGUAAUGCUUGUGGUGCUGGAUAUGGUGAUCUUGCUGUUCCAAUUUCAUUUACUAUUCAACACCAUUCAAAAUCACUUGUUGUAAUGAUGGCUGCUUCUUUAGAUGAACAUCCUACUAAUGUAGAUAUUAUAAUAUUUUAGGAAUCAUGGGGGUUUUGCAAAUUUGAAAUCUAAAUAUUAGCAUGUCCUGAGGGAUGUUAAUAUUGUCAAGAUUCAACAUCAGAUUGCUAAUUUUGGAAUUACUUAGCAUCAUUUUGGUAAACCUCAUUUAAUUCUGAAGGAUGGUCUACUGAUAAUAAUGAACCUCUUGCAUCUAGUAUUUGUGGUGGAAUUGAAAUUUUAGGUGGAACUUCUGUUUUACUUCAAGGACAAAAAAUAGAAAUCUCAUUAGAUAAUUUAAAUCUACACUAUGAAGUUUAAAUAGUGUUUAAAUUAUGGGUAAUUGGAAAUUGGAAUUAAGAAUUAUUUACAUUGUUAAUUGAUGAUCAAAUUGCAUCUAAUUUCACAGUUAAGACAGGAGGAUAUUUAAAUUUUGAAUGUGGUUUUUAUCAAUAAGUUAAAAUAAUUAACUGUGAUAUAAAUGCUAGUCAUUCCGCACCUUAAAUAAAAUUAGCCAUGAAAACUCAAAAAAUAAUAUCAAAGAAUGCAUUUUGGGGACUUUAAUCAUUUGACUUAUUUACUGCUGAAUGCCCUUAAGGUUGUGCAGAAUGCUAUGGAUAUUAAAAGAAUUAAUGUAGUAAAUGUAAAAAAAAAUGGGUUUUGUUAAGUGAUGGUUGCAUUCCUCGUAUAUAUUUUUUUAAUUGAUAAGUUCCUCCUAUAGAAUGUGCAUAGGUUAGAAUUUCUUAGCUUAAUGACUUUUAAGAGAAUUUAGAGAAUUCACUUGAAAUCUAUUUUGAUGAAUUAGAAAGAAACUUUAAAGAAAUAGGAUAAACAAAUUUCAUCCUAAAAGAAACUAUUUCGAACAUUUCCUUUUCAAUUUAUGUAAAAUGCAAAGAAAAAUUAAAUAUUACAAGCUUUUUUAGAAAUUGCGAAAAAUGUUAAUCAGAUUAGUAUUCAUUUUCAAAUUAAUGCUCUGAUAAAAGUAAUACCUUAAUUUUUACUGCAACUUUUAUGUAGGCUGUUAAAUAUGAAAAAGAAUUAUUAAUUACAAUCUCAGAAUAACAGUUGGAAAUGCAUCAAUUAUUAUAAGUCAAUGAAAUUGAUGAAUAUGUUUUAAUUUUAAAAAUUAACUUCUGA